GACUUCGUCAUCCGACAAAUCUUCAUUAACCACAGGAAUCGAGUGACACAAGGUUAACACCUAUGGCUACAGGAUCGGAGUGCGUACGAGUGAUCGUUCGCUGCCGGCCGAUGAACGUGCGCGAAAGCCAGCUCAAUAGCAAGAAUGUAGUCCAAAUUAAUCCAUCGGCACUGCAAUGUUCCCUGCUCGCCGUACCAUCUAGUCACAACGAUAACAAUGAUACGACCAAGACAUUCACUUUUGAUGGUGUUUACGACCAGACGUCAACCACCGAACAAAUUUACACAGAUUUCGGCUAUCCUCUCGUCGAAGGAGUGAUUGAGGGAUAUAAUGCAACAGUUUUUGCCUACGGUCAAACAGGAAGUGGCAAAAGCUUUACUAUGCAAGGAGUAACGUCUCCCUCAAACCAGACAGGGAUUCUGCCACGUGCUUUUGAACAUCUAUUCGACAGUAUUGCUGCUGCAGAAGGGAUGAAAUAUCUCGUCUUUGCCUCCUAUCUAGAGAUUUACAAUGAGGAAAUCCGCGAUUUGUUGAGCCCCGAUUACAAGAGGAAGUUGGAGUUGAAAGAAAAUUCGGAUCGAGGUGUCUACGUAGCCCAUCUGAGUCAGCAUGCUGUAAACAGCGUUGACGAUUGCCAAAGACUCAUGGAAAAUGGGUGGAAGAAUCGGGCGGUAGGGGCCACGCUGAUGAACGCCGAUUCGUCACGAUCUCAUUCUCUUUUUAGUAUCUCUGUUGAGAUGAUGGAAACGUUUAAAGAGGCAAAUGGUGAACAGCAAUCUAUUCGCAGAGGAAAAUUAAACCUUGUCGAUCUAGCUGGUAGUGAACGCCAAUCUAAAACAGGAGCUACUGGAGAUCGUUUGAAAGAGGCCACCAAGAUUAAUUUGUCACUUUCGGCUCUGGGUAACGUCAUUUCUGCAUUGGUGGAUGGUAAAUCCAAACAUAUACCAUACAGAGACUCCAAACUGACACGAUUAUUGCAGGAUUCUUUAGGGGGCAAUACUAAAACCUUAAUGAUUGCUUGUAUCUCACCGGCUGAUGACAAUUAUGAUGAAACAUUAAGUACCUUGAGAUAUGCAAAUCGUGCCAAGAAUAUUCAAAACAAACCAAGAAUAAAUCAGGAUCCAAAAGAUGCUAUGCUAAGAGAGUAUCAAAAAGAAAUUGAACGACUUAGUCAAAUGGUUGAACAGCAAAAAUCAUUUGAUGCUCACAAUAUUAAACCAGUAGAAAUUGAUCUUGAACAAGAAAAAGUCCUGCUGCAGAUCGAAUAUGAAGAAAAAAUUCGCCAACUCCAGAGGCAAGUAGAAAAGGAGCAAGAAACGAAUGCCAAAGCAACUUCUGAGAUGGAAAAUUUACGUCGAGCCUAUGAAGCUGAUUUGCAAAAGAUAAACAAUUCGAAGAAGAAAAUUGAAUUGGAUGAAGAGGCUCAAGAAACCCUAAAGAGGCUGAGGCAAAUUGAGGGCAACUUAGUAGGAGGGGAGAAAGCCAAUGAUCCAGAGUUUCGAGAGCGGCACUGGAAGCGGAAGCAUCAGUCAGAACGACGGAGAGCUUUGCUUGCGCAGCUUUUGGCUCGAACGGAAGACGAAGAUGGGGCGCUUUUGCGAGUCUAUGAUGACAUCCAACAUGAAGUCCGGGUUAAAACUGAAACCAUAAAAAAAUAUAAACUGAAAUUACGUUCCCUGGAUCGAGAUAUUCAAGAUUUGCAGAGUGAAUUCGAAAGAGAAAGAUGCGACUACCUCGAAACGGUUCGACGGCAAGAGCAGCAGUUAAGGCUGCUGCACGAGAUUAUUGUAAAAGUUCAACCUCUUAUACGGAAAGAUUCCAAUUACAGCGAUCUUGAUCAUAUAAAGCAGCAAUGCAUAUGGAUUGACGAAUUCCAGCGUUGGAAACUCCCAGAAGUCACCUUCAGGCGAAUAAAACUGCCCCCUGCCAAUUUUACUGGUAUGUCAUCUUACGGGCAGUACGACGCAAUGGCUGAGGCUGAUGAAGUGGACGACGUAUCUCAUGAAGACCGAUUGUUACAGAAGUUAAAGAAAGGGGAAGCUGAAAAUUUAGCUGGUCGGUACUUUGCAUCCAACCGGGCCAAGGAGAUCGUCAUUCGUGUCAACAAUGAUGUACAUCGAGCCAAACGUCCUGCAAUGAAGGGAAAUUCACUAAGUCAUUCAUCGCUCAACAACUUCUCAUCGUCAACGGGAUCUUCCCCAGAGUACAUGAAUGGUUCUGGAUCUUCGUACUUGACGACCAACGGACCAAUGCUAACUUCAUGGAGUGCACCAAACGCUUUAUCCGGCCAACUCAGUGGUUGGACAUCAGAAGGGGUUUUUAUGAACGGAAACAUCAGGAAGCCGAAACGCUUGGAGUCUUUAACAGUCGAGGCUCCGGGCGGAAGACCCAUGCCCUCGAUUGUCAACAAUAAGACCAACCUACCUGCCUAUGCGCCAUCAUUAAUAAAAUUCACCUGACAAUCGUUAAUUUAUUUUAUAUUUUUAUUAUCAGGAAUCUUUAACGGAAAACAAAUAUUUACAAGCCAUGUUUUUACAAAUCCUGUUAGAUUGGCAAAAUUAUAAUGUGUUAAGCUGCUACAA